UCAUCCCCAACUUCCAUCCCUCUCACCCGUACUUCUCUCUGAACCUACCUUCUCAACUCAAAAAAUGGGAGCAUUCUCAAGAUUUAUAGCUCAUCUCUACACCCUUUUCUUGGUAUUCUUCACUGUCCUCUUCUUGGAGCUGGUAAUCUUGGUUCGUUCGGUCGUCGGAACAAUUGGGUACGCAGCGGCCGCCGAUGACCUUCCAAUGACCACCGCCCAGUACCUCAAACUGAUUGAAGAAAAGAAUCCGGCCAGUCGGUACAGAGCCUCCGGAGUAGAAUCCAAAGAGUGCUCCGUUUGUCUUUCGGUUUUAGAAGACGGGGAUGAGAUUAGGAGGUUGAAAUGCAAGCACACGUUCCACAAGGGUUGUGUUGAUAAGUGGUUGGAGCAGGAUAGGGCCACGUGUCCGAUUUGCCGGAGGUUGGUGUUGCCGGAGGCGAUCGUGGUUAGGUACAGUCAACGACGUCAGAUUCAACCCCAUCGCCGUCGCAGGGAGUUUUACGGCGGGAGUGAUGAAGAGCUGAUUCUUUUGUUGACUUCUUUACACGGUAAUUAUAUGCGUAGAUUCAUGUAAAUUAGAUGUAUUUCUAGCGUUGGUAGUUGUAGAAUGGAUUAGAUUACAUACUUUUAAUGAUUAUAAAAUGGGAAAUCCUUCAUGGAUUCUGUGAAUUCGUGGUUUGAAGUCAUUUCUUCAAGAACUAAAAAAAACUGGUUUUCUGA